CAUUGGUUUAGCUAGGUUUUUUUUUUAAACAAUUACUAUUCUAGUUUAUAAUGUACAUACUCAUUUUCAGGUCUAAGUCUGGAAAUAUUGUCUGUACAUUUUUAUUACAUUUGUUUUCGUUUGUUUCUAAACUCCGUUACCCACUAGUCAGCAGCAGGCGAUGUGAGUCUUUCAGGUGGCGCUUCUUGGGUGACGUCUAAUCUAGUGGACGGGACACAUCUUCAACAACAACAACAACAACAAAGCUACCGAUUCAAAACCCCUUCGGCAGCUUGCUAGCCAACAUAAAACCGAAACAUUGAAGUUAUUUUUAAACACAAUCCUGUUAAAGUAUAUACCAGUUAACUUAAAAGUAAUUUGCUUGUUCAAUUUGUUGAAAUUGUUACUCAGCCUAGCACUAAGCUAGUCGCUAAUGCAAACUAGCUAACAACCCCAACCAUGAGCUCACUAAACUACUCCUCCCCUGCUAAAGAAGAUGAUGUCUGCUGGGCGGAGAGAGAAGCUCUGGGGCUGAACAUUGUCGUGAAAGAGGAGGAUAUUACAGUGAAAGGGGAGGAAGAAGCUUCCAGAACGAUAAAGGAGGAAGAUCAUGUUACAUUUGGAGUGGAAGAGGGGAUAGAGGCUGUCACAGUGGAAGAGGAAGAGGGGAUAGAGGCUGUCACAGUGGAAGAGGAAGAGGGGAUAGAGGCUGUCACAGUGGAAAAGGAAGAGGGGAUAGAGGCUGUCACAGUGGAAGAGGGGAUAGAGGCUGUCACAGUGGAAGAGGAAGAGGGGAUAGAGGCUGUCACAGUGGAAGAGGAGUGGGUAGAAGAUUUCAGAAUAAAAAAGGAAGAGGAAGAACCUUCUAGUGUGGAAGAGGAGGCUAUCUCACUAAAAGAGGAGGAGGAAGACGUUUUGGGAGUGAGAGAGGAGGAGGAGACUGAAAAAGAUCUGAUUAACACCAGAGAGAGACCACACUCUCACUCUGACAGCAGGAAGACUACUUCAGGGGAACAAGACCUAGAGACGCCCAAACCAGUGAGACCACACCAGUGUCCCCACUGUGUAAAGAGUUUUAAGUGGUUAUGUUACCUAAAAGAACAUGAAAGAAUACACACAGGAGAAAAGCCUUUCCAAUGUUCCCAGUGUGAUAAAAGUUUUACCCAAUUAGGGAGCCUGAAAAUACACGAGAGAUCACACACAAGAGAGAAACCUUACCACUGUUCCCACUGUGAAAAUACUUUUUUCUCAUCAGGGGACCUGCUAAAGCAUAAAAGAAUACACACUGCAGAGAGGCCCUACCGAUGUUCCCAGUGUGGAAAGACUUUUAUCCAGUUAGGGAACCUGAAAAGGCAUUUGAGAACACACACAGGGGAGAAGCCCUACCACUGCUCAUACUGUGAAAAGAUAUUUACCCAGCUAGUGAACCUAAAAAGGCAUGAGAGGACACACAAAGGUGAAAAACCUUUCCAAUGUUCCCAGUGUGAAAAGAGUUUUACAGAGUUUGGGAGCAUGAAAAGACACGAGAGAAUACAUACAGGGGAGAAGCCUUACCACUGCUCCCAGUGUGAAAUGAGAUUUUCCUCAUCAUGGUGCCUAAAAUCACACAAGAGGACACACUCAGGAGAGAAGCUUUUCCAAUGCUCUCAGUGUGUAAAGAGUUAUACCCGGCUGGGGGACCUGAAAAGACAUGAGAGGACACACACAGGAUGAGCCUCAUCACCGCUCCCAGUGUUGCAAGAGUUUUAUCUGGUUAGGGAGCCUGAAUAAUACACUCUGUAGAGAAGCUUUACCACUGCUCCCACUGUGGAUUUAAACUUACAUGGUUAAAGCAACUGAAAGAGCAUGUAAGUCCACACCUGAGAGAAACAUUAUCAAUGCUCCCAGUGUGGAAAUAGAUAUGAAGUCAAAUUAUAAAAAUCAGACUAAAAAAUAAACGUGUUUUUUUAUUUCAACACAUGCCCUGAAUAUGGAGUAUGUCAGAAAGAAUGUCGAUGCUCUGUGAUUAAAUUGCCCAUU